UGCAACGCACAGGCAUCGUCCUAGUGGCUCAUUAUGGCCCAAGCCAUAAAAAAAAAAGGUCCGCCGGCCCAACAUCUAAACCCUAAUCACUGCCGCUCCGAGCGACCGCGCCUCCGCCCGCCGUCCGCCGCCCUAACACUGCCGACCUGUCGACUGCCGUCUGCUCAGCCGGCCAGCCACUAUCCGCCGAGCGCCCGACGGCCCGAGCAGGCGAGCAGCUCCGCAUCGCGCGACGUCCCAAGCAGGUGAGCAACCAGGGGCAGUAAAGGCGUUCGCGCGACGUCCAACAGUGCACCUGCGCGCGCGACGUCUCGCUGCUUUCUCCAACUCCUGUUCGGUAUCGCCGUUUCUCGCUUGGAGGUUGUCCUGUAGCGGGGACGACCGCCCAUUCCGGCGCCCGCUCUUCUGCUCCUCCUCGCCUUCCUGUUUCUGCUGCGGGGAGUUCUUCCGCCGCGAGCCGGGACACCGUCGCCGCCGGCCGCCCGCUGUCCGACGCGCAGAGCCUCGUGUCCAAGCGUGGCAAGUUCAAGCUCGGAUUCUUCCGUCCAGGAGGCGAUGGAUUUCUCUUAGUGUCGCGUUCAUUGGGGUUCUGGCGUUCGUGCUUGGUGUCAUCGCCGAAAACAAAAAGGUCUGCCCUUUCUCCUGUUACAUGAGCACUGAUCAUUAUGCCUUUUCGUUUUCCUCGCCAAGUAUGGUGAAUCCAGCGUGAGUUUAGGCGAAUUUCUCGAUACUGAACUGUGAACAAUGGUCAUCUUAAUAGCAUUAUUCAUAUUACUAUAUCAUAGAUGUUGUUAACAAUUUUUACUGAAUUUUUUUAUAUAGUCUUAACUUAGUAGCCCCCCUCCUGGAUCAAUCCUGGAUCCGCCACUGGUAGGUAGUAGGUAGCAGCCAGCUCCUAGGCAGCACCGCAGCAACCAGCAGGGAGGCACCGCGGCAGGAGGUAGAUGUCCUGCUGAAUAUAGAGGUAGAAUAUAACUGGUAUAGUGUUUACUUCAUAUGUCCUGCACUCCUGCUGAAUAUAGAGCUAGAUGUCCUGCUGCAUUUGUCACUAAUCACUAGGAAAUUUGUGGAUGGUUAACUUUCUUUGGCAUAAUACCAUUUGCAGGGCCUCGGAACAGUAGCUAUAAACUCAAUGCUCAAUUCUCGGAACAGUAGCUAUAAACAGUAGCUAUAAAUUUGUGGUUGGUUUUAUUUCAGACAAGCACGACCACAAUCGGAUAGGAAAACUGCUUUAGUUUGGAUUAGUUCUUAAGACAAUUCAAUGCUCAAUUCUGGGUUUUUUUACUUAUUUACCUAUUGCAUAUGAAACUCGGUGGAUGUAAAUUGUAAUCCCUUUAUUUAGGCAUUGUUAUGUAACUCUAGUAUUUUGUGAUUCCAUUGUCAUAUAGAUGUCUUGUAUAUGAUUUAUAGUAACGGGUACCCGAAAUUUACCCAAACCCAAACCCGAAUUUGCGGGUACCCGAAAUUGCGGGUACCCGAAAGUUCGGGUACGAGUAUGGGUUCUACUGCUGGAAACCCGAAAUCUAAAAAACCCAAAAAACCCGACCCGAAAUUUCGGGUAAACCCGAACGCCCAGUCCUACUGCAGACUGCUUGCUAAGUUGCUUUGCUCAAUUUGCUGCUUGCUAGCCUUCUACAGUGCUCCGGCUGCUUGCCUGGUUGCUUGGCUUUGGCUAGUUGGCUUAGUUGCUCGCGUAGUUGCGUUGGCCGCGUUGCUGCUUGCAGUUUCUGCUUGCUUUGUUGCUUGCUAUUUGCAAAUUUAGCUGCCCUGCAGUUGCAAAUUGCAAUAGAUUCAAGCUCAGCAAGGUCGGCAAAAAGAAAGGCUCUAGAAAGAGGUAGUUGUGUUAUGUGUAACAAUAUUGUCUAUACAUUUUUUUUAUUAAAUUUAGCUCUUUAUUUUAAUGCUAAUGUAUGCUUGCUCUUUGUUUGACAACUUAUAUUUGGUUAAGUUACUGAUUUGACAUAUAAUCUACAAGGAAUUCUUCAUCUAAGGUACUUCUUAAUAAUGUUUUUAUACUAAAUUUUGUUUUACUGCAAGAUAUAUUUUUGUCAUUGCCAUACCUUAUUUUUAGGUCGUGCUCCGCCACUGGGGAGGGAGGUGGUGGGGAAUGGCGGCGGCGACGCUCCGGUGGGUGCUGCAGCUGCACCGGGACGUACCGCGGGCAGCACGGUUCUACUCGGAGGGUCUCGACUUCAGUGUAAACGUCUGCACGCUCCGCUGGGCCGAGCUGCAGUCGGGGCCGCUCAAGCUCGCACUCAUGCACACCAACGACAGUAAUCUUGCAUCGCAGAGAGUCUAUUCUUCAAUGCUCUCCUUCACUGUACCAGACAUAAACAGUGCCGUAUCGAAGCUAAUGGCAUUGGGAGCCGAGUUGGAUGGGCCAAUCAAGUAUGAGAUCCAUGGAAAAGUUGCAGCACUGCGAUGCAUCGAUGGGCACAUGCUAGGCCUGUACGAGCCAGCUUGAAGAACUCGUGUCACAACGAAAGUAUUGAGAAGUUCCAUUAACCACUCACUGAAGACUGAUGUGUAUGUCCGGCAAAAGAUCUUUCCGCGUAAGACAACUUACUGGGCCUGGUGUGCAUGAAGUGGCAGAACUCCUUUUGUUAGCAAAAUCACGAGAGACACGGUGGAUGGUUUGCAGUCUACCAUUCUCUUCCUCGUGCUGCUGGUUAUGAUACACAUUUUUCUCGAACUGAAUGUGCCUAGCAGGUCGUCGUGGUAAGCUGAAGCCAGGUUUCAGUGGUCCUGCUCGGUCAUGGCCUUGCUUCAUGGCAUUGUGCCAGUACAUCUAAUUCAAGUUUCAGUUGUAGUUUGACUGACAUUACAUGUGUGCGUAGUUUCAAUUUGCAAUUCAAGUGCAGGAGUGCUCUGCCCCUGAUCAUCCAUGUAAUUGAAAUUCUUCUGUAAGCAUUUGUUCUGACAGUAUAAUUGUGGACCAUAAAGUUGCUGUUAACUUGUGUGUA